UCAAGAAAUCAUUAAAAAUAAUCGAAAAGACUUGUCGAUUUAUAUCUAUAAAUUCAAUCCGUUCAAACACUGUAACUUUCUCCUCUCUUGAUGAUCGAAAGCAAAUAGAGUUGUAAUUUAGAAAAUGAAAGGCGUCUUCUCGGCGCCCGGAGAUUAUGUCUACUUCAAGUCUCAAGUUCCUCUCCACAAGAUCCCUAUUGGCACAAAGCAAUGGAGAUACUAUGAUUUUGGUCCAAAAGUGGUCCCACCACUCAUUUGUCUUCCUGGAAUAGCAGGAACAGCAGAUGUUUACUAUAAGCAGAUCAUGGCAUUGUCCUUGAAGGGUUACCGGGUGAUUUCUGUUGAUAUUCCACGUGUAUGGAAUCAUCAUGAGUGGAUUCAAGCAUUUGAAAAAUUUUUGGAUGUCAUUGAUGUUCAUCAUAUACAUCUUUAUGGUACAUCUCUUGGAGGCUUCUUAGCCCAACUUUUUGCACAACACCGUCCAAGGCGAGUGAGGUCAUUGAUACUAUCAAACACAUUUCUGGAGACGCGCAGUUUUGCAGCUGCCAUGCCUUGGGCUCCUGUUGUUAGUUGGACCCCUUCCUUUCUGCUUAAAAGAUACGUCCUAACUGGAAUUCGUGAUGGUCCUCAUGAACCAUUUAUUGCAGAUUCAGUAGACUUUGUUGUUUCUCAGGUCGAAACACUUUCAAGAGAUGAAUUAGCCUCGAGGUUGACUUUGAAUGUUGAUGCUGCUUCUGUUGGAUCUCUUUUACUUUCAGACUCGUUCAUCACUAUAAUGGAUACGAAUGAUUAUUGUGCAAUUCCUCAACAACUCAAAGAUCAAUUGAGUGAAAGAUAUCCUGAAGCAAGGCGAGCUCAGUUGAAGACUGGAGGAGAUUUUCCAUUUCUUUCACGCUCAGAUGAAGUCAACUUGCACCUUCAGCUACACCUGCGACGAGUUGGGGUAGAAGCUCGACCAGAUUUGGUCCGGGGCAUCCCAAAUGAUGGCACUGGUGGGAGCUAUAGUGAAAGUGAGGAUGGUAAAGGAGAUCGAGAUGAUCAACCCAAAGAUGACAGGGGAAACUCAGAAAGUCCAUCCAGGGAAAGUGAGUUAUCUCCAGCUCCAGAAAGUUCAGAAUCUCAUGGUUUAGAUGAGCAGCUCCUCAGUAAUGCGAAAUAUUCAUUCAAUGGCCAGCAAGAGAGACUGCGUCUCUGUGAACUAUUGAGUAAACAACAGAACAUAGCCUCUGAACUCCAUUCACGAUUUACUCUGGAAAUUUUUCUUCAAUAUUUGGUUUUCAUUCGUGUGGGAUCAUUGUACAUCAUUUCCAAGCUGUUUCCAGAAACUCUAGAGAAUUGGUGUAAAGUAGAUAUUUGUACGGCUGUUCAUGUGGUUGUAUAAGAUCAUACGAUUUCCCGGAGGUUACUAGUGUUUUGGUCAAGGAACAGUUUGAUAUUUUUGUAAAAUUGUCGUUCGAGAUUCUUUUUCAUUAUUAAAAUGGUCGAUUGAAUACAGUGUA